UCAGAGGAGAGGGGCUGAGGCCGGUGGGAAGCCUGAACACAGGAUCAUGUCCGCGGUACUUCCCUCGCUGCUCUGUCUUGGGUUGUGUCUGAGCCAGAGCACUUGGGCACAGAAGGGAAAUCUCCGCCCCCCUCGUAUCACAGCUCUGCCUGGAUCCACAGUUCCAGCUAAGAGUCAUGUGACCCUCCUGUGUCAAGGACCUAGACAAGCUGAGGGGUACAAGAUCUCAAAAGUGGGAAGUCCUGAGCCCACGGACAAAGAGGAACAGAUCACGCCCAGGAAGACCAACACUUUCAGUAUCGCAGAGAUGACAUUUGAAAAGACAGGGCUGUACCACUGCUCCUAUCAGAGAGGAGGCCGCUGGUCCCAGUUCAGUGACCCCCUGAAGCUGGUGAUGACCGGAGCUUAUGACAAGCCCUCCCUCUCCAGGGUGGCUGGCACAGUGGCAGCUCCAGGGGAGAAUGUGAAGUUGCAGUGUUUCUCCAAAAUCAACCAUGAAGUAUUUAUCCUCACCAAAGAUGGAGAUCACAUCACCCAGAACCAAAGCUCCACCCCCCAGGACAGAGGGCGCCAAACCAUCUUCUUCUUGAAUCUGGUCUCCUCCAUACAGGCGGGGACCUACAGAUGCUACGGUGCCUUCCGUGACAACCCCUACGUGUGGUCCCAGCCCAGUGACCCACUGCAGCUUCAGGUCGAAGCCCCGUCUAGCGACCUAACCUCCCGAGACAGACUCCUAGGCAUCUGGAUCCCGGUGGCUGUGGGGCUCCUGCUCCUGGUCUUCCUCGUCUUCGUCAUCCUCUACUGUCUGCGCAAAGCCAAAAGCAACGCUGUGAGGAAAGAGAGACAGCCAGAGGCAGCUGGCCGGGCGAAUGGACAGGCUUCUGAAGCUGCAGACCCUCAGGAGGUCACCUAUUCCCAGGUGACCUGCCAUGUCCCCCACCAGGGGACAGCUGGGACCCCCUCCUGGGUGCCCAGACAGACCCAGAGCAGCGAGUAUGUGACACUGGCCUUCAGAUAAGCCAGGCACCAGGGCCAGCACUUCAUCUGGGCGGCAGAACUCACAGCUACUGCUGGUAGCUCCCUCCUCUAGAACUGAGGCUCCAAACCUGACAACCUGGUUGAGGGAGCCCAUAUUCCUCAGAAGGUCCUGCUGCCCCCACACACACACC